AAUGAGCAUGCGCAGUGUGUAACCUACAGGUAACGUAAUCACUGGGUUCSUUAUCUGAUCGUURUUCCGUCAAUAAAAUGGGGAAUAUAAUGCUACGGCUGUUUCGCCGUUUACUAGGAAAAGAAGAACUUCGUUUACUUAUGGUAGGACUUGAUGCAGCUGGCAAAACAACAAUCCUUUACCAUUUAAAGUUAGACGAAGCUGUUAAUACUAUUCCAACGAUUGGUUUUAAUGUUGAAGUAAUAGAGUACAAGAACAUAACGUUCACUGUUUGGGAUAUCGGAGGGCAGGACAAGAUUCGGACACUUUGGAGACUUUACUUUCAAGAAACUCAAGGAUUAAUAUUUGUGGUUGAUAGCAAUGAUCGUGAGAGAAUACAAGAAGCUAAAGAUGAAUUGUAUCGAUUAUUAAAAGAAGACGAACUAAAGCGAGCUGCUUUGCUUGUUUUAGCAAAUAAGCAAGAUCUACCUGAUGCCAUGACGGCUUCUGAACUAAGUGAGUGUUUAAGCCUGCAUUCCUUGAGAAGCAGGAAUUGGUAUAUUCAAUCCACGUGUGCUUUGAAAGGACAAGGGAUUUUCGAAGGACUUGAAUGGUUAGCGCAACAAAUUCAUCUCAGAAAGAAAGACUUUUAACAAGAUAACCUCAUUAUUUAUUAUAUAACUGGUGGUACUUUCGAAAAAUAUAUGAGGAUUUUAUCAAAGGGGAUAAUUGUGCAGUGCAUUGACGGGAUUGCUGCAUCGCGUUGGCUGUGUGAUCUCUUAAUCUUUUUCUCUUGGCGGGUAUUACCAACUUAUGUCAGCCCGUCAAAAAGAAACUACGGUUUUUCACCUGCUGUAAAAAUCGUUUUUAGCAAAACUCAAAACGAUUAUUUACUGAUAUCAAUGUUACCACAAGCAGUUGGCAAAGAAGAAAUUUGUCAAUAUUAAAUUUCGAAUCUUACUAAUUUACACCAUUUUCAUGUUCAAACGAACUUAGGUCUUAUGGGGUCAUUUAAUAGAUAAGCAGAGGUUUCAUGGAAAUAUCAGUAAAAGCAAGCCAAUAAUAAUGUGUAAAAAUUCACAACAUGAAACAUCAAUCGAUUUUAUAGCUCAGUUAAGGUGAUUUAAGCGUUGUUUUUUGUUUUUGGUAAAAAUUGGCGCCGUUUUUGUAAAUAAAAUAAGUUGAUAAAAAAAAUAAUUUUCCGUUGAAAAGAAAUUCAUUWCCGCCAUCAUUUUUACUGUUAAUCGCUUUUUCUUUAUACUGAAGGGUUUCUAAGUAACAUUUUCAAGCCAGUGGUAUGUAUUAAAACGGCGUCUUGUGAGACAUUCCGCUAAUUUACGUAAAUAAUAUCAAAAUGACAGAUCUAUUUGUUAUUUGCCCGGCUGUAGUUACGAUGUAUGUGUGUCUAUCUAACAAGUAUGAUCUUCAUGAUCRUUAUCAUACAAGUGAUGGCAAGGUGUUCGUCAUGUGACCACACGAUUCGUUACGGUUUUAUCUCUUGUAUUAUUCAAUUUGAAGAACAUAAUUAUUAAUUGUCAUUUGUAAUCAUCAUCAAUUUUAAUGAUAAUAUCUACUGAUUGUGUAAUAUAAUAAACAUCGUUUUAUGAA